AUGCUUAUCUACAAGGACCUCAUCACCGACGACGAGAUCAUCUCCGACUCGUACGAUCUCAAGGAGGUCGAUGGCAUCGUCUACGAGGCCGACUGCGCCAUGAUCACUGAGGGCGCCGUCAACGUCGGUGCGUACAGAAUUCCUAUCCAGUUGGCAGCUUCUUGCUCGCUUCUCUACGUUGCCGUUGGACCGCGCAGAAUAGCGAAUAGAGCCCGAUGUUGCGGCAACAAUUACAAAAGAGAAGGAACAAACACCGGUGCCAACGCUUCCGCUGAGGAGGCCGACGAGGGUGUUGAGGAUGCCGAGGUCAAGGUCAACAACAUCGUCCACUCUUUCCGUCUUCAGUCCACCAGCUUCGACAAGAAGAGCUACCUGGCCUACCUCAAGGGCUACAUGAAGGCUGUCAAGGCCGGCCUCCAGGAGAAGGGUGCUCCCGCCGAGACCAUCACCGCUUUCGAGAAGGGUGCCCAGACCUACGUCAAGGAGAAGCUGCUGCCCAACUUCAAGGACUUUGAGUUCUACACUGGCGAGUCCAUGAACCCCGACGGAAUGGUUGUCCUCCUCAACUACCGUGAGGACGGUGUUACCCCCUACGUCAUCGUCUGGAAGCACGGUGUCACCGAGAUGAAGGUUUAA